CCUCUCUCCAGGCUAGUCUGCAGAGGUCCUGGGCCCGGCCUUCGGCUAGCUGUCCGGUUGCUACGGCAACGCGAGGUAAACCGGCCGCCUGGGCCAGGAGCCCCAGACCCCUCGGGGCCGCCCUCCACCCUCCUCCCCGGCCUGGCCCCUCUCCGGGCUCCGUCGCCCGCUCAGCCGGGGGGGGGGGCUUCCCGGAGGCGGCUUCGUCCCGAGGUCACCAAGGCCCGUCACUCGGUCUGUCCGCUUCGUCCAUGUCGUCGUCGGGUCUGCGUCUCGGAGUCUUAGGAAGAACCGGCUUCUUUGUGGUUGUCCCCCCUUCCCCCUCCCACUCGAGAAGAGUUCUGACAUUGUGUAAUGGGGGUAAAACCUGAUGGAAGUGCUGUUUCAUGAAUAUACUCACUUUCAUAUAAAACAGAUCUAGUGUGCCAAUGGCUGCUUAGUGUUUCCUUAACUUGCAAGAUUGUGCCAAUCAGAAGGUAGUUUAUUUGAAGGAGCUCACUUCUUGCUUUUCCGGCCACUUGUUAUUGCGUCAAACAGUUGAAACACUGUCUCCUCAUCUCCUCUGCAUGUGGCUGAAAAACUUUAAAAUAUGGCUGAUUGUAGCUUUGGCAGAAAAAACCUAAAAUGCCCUGAAUGUUCUGGUAAUUCCCAACCAGACAGGAUUAAUAUGUGUCACUGCAAAAGAAAAGAUGGCUCUGAUUCUAUCAUUUCUGUGGUGGAGACAUCCGAAACUUCAGUCACCAACAGUUUAGAGUUUCCACUUACGACAAACACCAACAGAAAUAAGAACUCGAGUACUGAAAACAAUACCAUAAAAGAAUCUGUCAACUUUGAACAUACUUUGGAAGAGUCACCAAUCCUCUCUCCACCUCUCUCCAUGUUCCCAUCCCAGUGGUCAUCCCCAAGUUUAUCCUCAUCAGUGAUUUCACAAACAUCUUUCCACCCAAAGGAACAAUUCUCUAGCACUGGAGAGGUGAGCAGAUUUCUGCCCUUACGAACCUCAGACACAAUUGAGACAUGUAGAAAACUCUCACAACAGCAAUGGAUGCGUGCCAGCUCUGCAGAAGGAAAAAUUCCUCAUGUGAGGAUGGAAGAUUGUACUGCUAUACAGCAAAUAUAUUCCUUUGGACGAAAACUGGGACAAGGGAGCUUUGGAGUGGUCAUUGAAGUCACACACAAGGAAACAAAUCACAAGUGGGCCAUGAAAAAAGUGAACAAAGAAAAGGCUGGAAGCUCUGCUGUGAAAUUACUUGAACGGGAGGUGAACAUCCUGAAAAGUGUGAACCAUGAGCAUAUCAUUCAUCUACAACAAGUGUUUGAAACACCCAAGCGGAUGUACCUUGUGAUGGAACUCUGUGAGGAUGGAGAACUUAAAGGAAUACUGAACAGUAAAGGGCACUUCUCUGAGAAUGAGACAAGGCAGAUCAUUGGGGACCUAGGGUCAGCUAUUGCAUACCUUCACAAAAAGGAUAUAGUUCAUAGAGACCUAAAGCUGGAAAAUAUUUUGGUUAAAAGCAGAUAUACGAAUGAAAAAAAUGAAACCAACUUUAACAUAAAGGUGACUGAUUUUGGUUUAGCGGUGCAAAAAGAGGGUGGAUGUGAAGCCAUGUUUCAGACGACUUGUGGGACUCCUAUUUAUAUGGCACCUGAAGUGAUCAAUGCCCAUGACUAUAGCCAACAGUGUGACAUCUGGAGCAUAGGUGUCAUUAUGUUCAUGCUAUUAUGUGGGCAACCUCCAUUUUUGGCAAGUUCUGAAGACAAACUUUUUGAAUUAAUAAGAAAAGGGCAUCUACGUUUUGGAAAUAGCAUCUGGGAAACUGUGAGUGACUCUGCUAAAUCCGCCUUGCAACAGCUUCUGAAAGUAGACCCUGCCCACAGAAUAACAGCUAAAGAACUGCUUGAUAAUCGGUGGAUAACAGGCAAUACGCUGACUCCUGUGAGACCCACAAAUGUCCUGGAGCUGAUGAAACAAUGGAAGAACCAGCCAGGAAGCGAUGAAGAAGAUGUGGAGGGCCUAAAAGAUGACCUCACUACCAAAAUACAUGUGUAUACAAGCUUCCAAGCAAAGGAGAACGUCAGUGAUAAGAACGUGGCUGAAAAUACAGACGACCGUGCCAAGACCCCUCUGCCAGAAAAGCAGGAAUCCCAUGAGGAUCAAAUGAAGGUCAGCAAGAAAAAAAAUAACAUGAGUACAUUAACAAAUGGGACAGUGAAGAAGAAAAGUACAAACUUGAGGCCCUCUAGUAAUGUCCCUACUAGUGGAAAAAUGACCAGUCCAAAGAGGAAUAUGGACAAUUCAGAAAAUAGGUUCCCUCAGGCUUCCCCAUCCACCAAACCAGUUACACCUUCACCAAAGGGAGAGUUGGACAAGUCCUCCAUGACCCCAAGCCCAAGAAUGUCACAAAAAAACUACUCCAAAACCCCUGCCACAUCUAAAAUCAAAAAGAAAUCAUAAGCUAGUACAAUAAACUUUUCUCUACCUCACUAGCAAAAAAUGUGAAUAUUUUAUUAUCUGGAAUUAUUAGGCACAUUCAAUAAGUAGAAGGUUGACAGUGUCACAAAGAACUCCCCUCUCCCCCUCAGCCUACAAAGGAUUGGUGCCUGAAGGUUUAGUUAAUUACUGUGGCUUCUGUAAGCGGUCCCACAGCCUCUGUGCUCUCUCAAGGAAUUCGUAGAGAUCCAUGGGCUGGCUCUGUGUACUCCCCUCCCUAAGUCAUUGUUGCAUCUUAGGCCCUAGUAACCCUUAUUAUCUCCCCUCCCCAUAAAAGGCUUGUACACUCUCUUGGCAUCCUACUUCCUCUUACAGAGACAGAGGCUACAGAAAACCAGCUGAUUUCUAUAGGAGUAGGGUCUAAAGCCAUAGCCCAUGACCUCUCUUAAACUUGCAGAAUAUUCUAGCUAUAUGCAGUGAAUUCCACUUCUGAGCUGUUUGUAUGUAGAAGAGUUUAUUAUGCAUGCUCUGAGUCAACCAGACCUGUCCUGGACCAGCCAACCGAUACCACUCUCCCCAUGCCUGCCUUACAAAUGUCUAGUGACAUCUGAGUGAACGAGGGCUUAACUGCUGGCUGGCACCAAGUGCCCCAGAAAUUGAAGGUCUUUGACAAGCUGGAUUUUAGCAUUUAUUAGUGAAAGGGUGUCUCUGAGUUUUCCAAAGAAAUGUCCCUGUCCACCUUCAUUUGUCCUGGAUAUUUUUGCUCUCUCACAGUCUAGACCUGUGACUGGCUCUUUCUGAGUUUGGGCAUAGACUUCUUAAAGGCUCAGCAGUGACCUAAACCAGUAGAGGCUCUGCAUCUACCAGCGAAAGCUCGGCUCUUUCUACCAGGAGUAAGCUCCUUGAGUAGUCUCUGGGCCCUGUGGUUUACAAAAGGAGUAAAUUUUAAUUCCUGUUAGUCACUGAGAAAUUUAGUUGAGAAAGGGCAAAAGCAGGAUAUAAUUCCAUUCUGUAUUUGGUUUAUUGCGUUCUGUACUCUUUGAGUGACAAUAUUUUAUAAUAAAGUCUACUUGAAAAUGUUUUAAA